AUGAGACCGAGACAAGUCUCACCUUUCCUCCAGAUCCUCUCCCGCCCCGGCCUCAGUAUUCAUUUCCGCUCCACUCACGCGUUCUCCACGACUUCCUCCCACCAGCUCAGCAACCGCGUUUACAACCCCAUCCGUACGCCGCCGCAAUUCCACGACUACCUGCGCACCGCCUCGGCUUCUAACACCUUGCUCCUUCUUCUCUUCACGACCUCCGCCUGCGCCCCUUGCCGCACCAUUACGCCGCUGCUCACCGAGCUCGUCACGCACCGCUCCCCUUCCCCCUCCGACAGGUUCUCUGCGCUCUCCUUUGCGGAAGUUGAACUUGAUAGCGCCGACACAAGCAAUGGCAACAUCACAGACCUAGGCGUCGAGUACGGCAUAACGAGUAUGCCCACACUUGUUGGUUUUGGCGGUCGCAGAGCCGAGAGAGUUACGGAACGCUUGGUGGAUACGAGGCUGAUGAGUGACCGGGGCAAGCUUGGGGCAUGGGUGGACGAGGUGAUGGAAAAGGGAGACCCAAACGCCACUGGUGGCACUGGUGGCAAAGGCGCUGGGCUACUCAGUAAGCUGUUUGGCUGA